AAAAAUGUCAAGAUCAAAAUCAAAACUCAUCAAUUGAUAAAUCUUGGAACCGACUUUAAUCCAUAUUCAUAUUCUUUUAAUCCAUCAUCAUUACAUAUAUAUGAGUGGUUGAUGCCUGAAAAAUCUCCAAAGAUAAAAUCAACACCUCUUGAUUUGGAAAAAAAUGAACUCACAAUUCAACCUUCUCCAUUGAAACCUAGAUCCAAAACAUUAUUAUCAUUCAUCACAAUUUUUGAAUUCAUAUCUUUGCUGAUAGUUAUAAAGCAUAGAGAAGUCAUUGAUAAUGUUCAUCAAUUAUUAAAUUCCAUACUGUUGGGGAUUAUAACUGCAACGCUGGGACAAUCAAUCAUUCAAUUAUUUAGACAGGUUCAUUAUGACAGAAUAGGUAAAUUCUUCAUAUGGGGUGCUAUAAAUGGAGUUUUAAGUUCAUUAUGGAUUGAUUGUUUGGUUUAUAAGCUUCCAGACGUUUUAUCAAGGGUACUGGUGGACCAACUGGUUGGUUCUCCGUUGUUUCAACUGUUGUUUAUCGUUCUAAACUGUUUAUGGGAGAACACAGAUAUAUCAAUAGCUAUGAAAACAGUGUAUAUAACAACUUUGAAAGUUUCAUAUCUAUUUUGGCCAAUAUGUUCAGUCGUUUCAUUUCAAUUCUUGCCCCAGCAUUUAAUUUUCCCAUUCAAUUGUUUGAUCAGCUUGAUAUGGAAUGUGGUUUUAAGUUUACUCACAUAA